UUCCAAAACUGGUUUUCAUAACGAUGGCCUGUUUUAAGUUUUGGGCUCUGAUGUCUGCUGAUUGGUCGUGUACGGUACAAUUGUACACAAAAGAACCUGCUGUGAAAAAUAUCGCAUAUCAUAGGUUUCAAUUGAUCUCUGUUACUCUUUUAUGAGCAUUGCGAAGGCUCGUUGCUGUAUAGUAAAUCUGGGAGGAAUAUUGCGGCCUGGAGUUUCCUUCUCUAGCAGACACCCUGUUAACACUCUCAAACUAUUCAGCUGAAUGAAAAAAAAACAAAAUGGCUCACUACACACGACAGAAAGAUACGGAGCCGGAUUUAGAGGACAGGCCUCUAACCCCAACCUCAGAAAUACUCAGUGAUGGAGGAGGAGCAGUCAGCUUUAUAUCCCCUAGCUUUAGGUAUCGGGUAAAAUCUACCAACAUUGUAUCUGGAAGAACCUGUUUAGAGAAGGUACUUGCUUCCAUCAUUAUCAUCAUCACCCUUCUCAGUAUUCUCCUCAUCUCUAUUUCAAUCAAUAUGAAAGGUGAACCUAAAAUCAACAUGUACCUUUCUCAUCUCAACACAUCUAAUCAAGAAGUGUACUGUCUGUCAGCUGAAUGCGUAAAAACAGCUGCUUCCGUAAUUCGAUCAGCUGAUUUCACAGUUGAUCCGUGCCAAGACUUUUAUCAGUAUGCUUGUGGAGGGUGGGAGAGAGAGAAUCCUAUACCUGAUGGAAAACCAUCCUGGAGUACUUUUGGUAAACUUUGGCAGGAAAAUCAGCAGGUUAUGAAAAUAAUUCUAGAAGAUACUGAUUCAAAAUUCAAGAACUGCUCCUCUUGUCGUAAAGCUCAGGACUAUUAUCAAUCUUGUAUAGACAAAAAUGGAACUUUGGAAAAGCUGGGCGGUCAACCUUUGCUUGAGAUUUUGAAUAAGUUCUACUGGAAUAUAACAGAUUUCGAUGGGUCAGGCCAGCUGGAAGAUUUCAGUAUACAAACUGUACUGCAACAGGUUCAACAUGGGUACAACGUUGGUGGGUUCUUUGUUUGGAAUGUGGGAGAAGACGACAAGAACUCCAGUGUACACAUCCUACAGAUAGAUCAGGGAGGUUUAACACUGGGAAACAGGGAUAUGCAGCAACAAGCAAAAUAUCAUAAAAAAUGUUAUAAUGAUAAAAUUUUGAUUUUGAAAGAUGUAAUGAUAAAGACGGUUAGUUUACUCUACAGGGAUAAGAAGAAUAUUUCUUCAAUAAAUGAGAUUGUUCAGACUGAUAUCCAGAGGCAGAUGGAAGAUAUUAUUCAGUUUGAGAAAAAGAUCGCUGAAAUAACAGCCCCUGCAUCAGAACAGAGAGACGAAGAAAGAAGAUAUCAUUCAUUAACAGUUGCAGAGCUUCAAAACAUCUCAGACUUUUUCCACUGGGAGGAGUUUUUCCAGGAUGCUCUCUCUAUUGUUGAUUUAAAAAUAAACUCUACUCAGCAAAUUAUAGUGUACUCUCCUGAGUACUUGAACCAGCUGAGCACCCUCCUAAAGAAUGAAAGUGAAAGUAUGGACGGAAAGAACACUCUGAACAACUAUCUGAUGUGGCAACUGAUCAGGAACUACAAGGGCGCUCUGUCGAAGGAGUUUAGAGAGGUUGAUAUGAUUCUCAAGAAGGCUAUGAUGGGGACAACUGUCAAUGAAGAAAGAUGGCGCCAAUGUGUAUCUGAUACAGACAACGUACUCGGGUUUGCUCUAGGAGCAUUGUUUGUAAACAAAACAUUUGACGGAAACUCGAAACCAGAAGCGGAGGAAAUGAUCAAGGCAGUAACAGACGCAUUUAUAAUCGGCCUCAGGAGCAAAAACUGGAUUGAUAAAAAGACUAAGGUAGAGGCUGAAAGAAAAGCUAAGCAGAUCACAAACAUGAUAGGAUAUCCAGAUUAUAUUAAUAAUAAAACAGCUCUAGAUGAAAAAUAUAUAAAACUGGAUGUGAACCAGGAUUAUUUUGGGAACAAUGUUCGGUUUAACAAAUGGAAUUUAGAGGAGAAUCUGUCCGAGGAAUGCUAUCAAAUAGGAACACAAGUUCCAAACCUGAACAUCAGUGUCGGCUCACACAAAUUAGGAAAUCAGAAUUUGUGGCAAAAUCUCAAUUUCUUUCAAACAUUUAAAUGUAUUUGUGUUCAGAUUGUGUUUCCAGCUGGUAUUCUUCAGCUUCCAUUCUUCAGUCUUCAUAAUCCUAAAAGCUUGAAUUUCGGAGCUAUGGGGGUUGUUAUGGGUCAUGAGCUGUCUCAUGCAUUUGACGAUCAGGGUCGAGAAUAUGAUGGUGACGGAAAUAUGCGAGGAUGGUGGGAAAACAAGACCCUACUACAGUAUAAGAUGAGGGUAGGGUGUAUGGAGGAUCAGUAUUGUAUUUAUAAGAUGAGGAUAUGCUGUAUGGAGGAUCAGUUUAUUGUAUUGUUUAGACCCUACUACAGAGAGAACGUGAACGGAAAACAGACAGUUGGGGAGAAUAUUGCAGAUAACGGAGGAUUAAAGGCUUCAUAUGAGGCUUAUCAAAGUUGGUUAAAGAAGAACCCUGGAGCUGAGAGUGGGUUGCUUCCAGGAGUUAAUCUUACUCAUAAUCAACUAUUCUUCCUCUCAUUUAGCCAGGUUUGGUGUUCAUUAUCAACCCCUGAAUCUGAACACUAUUCUCUUAUAGAGGAUGCUCAUAGUCCACCCAGGUUACGAGUACUGGGAACUCUUUCUAACUCUGAUUACUUCUCAGAAACAUAUAAAUGUAAAGAGGGAAGCAAGAUGAACCCUGAACGAGCAAAGAAAUGUACUGUAUGGUAAAUGCAUUUAGGCGAACAAUUAAACCAGAUCAUUUUCUGGUAAUUAAAAAUAAUUAAAAAUUGGAAAACUGUACGAAAAAAAGAAUAUUCAUUUCAGUCGAUAUUAUAAAUGAAUACAUAUUUUAAUGGGGUUGUCUCCUUAAAAACGUUAUUUUAGUUGCAAUACUGAAGAAAAUUGUUCAUGCACAAUUAGGCAUUAAAGGUGUUCCUCAAAUCGACUUAAAGCACAAAAAACCUAAACUAAAAUCAUUCUUUUUAAGACAACCAUAUGAAGUGAAAAUAUGUUGGCUUAUAGCUUAUUUUAAUUUGUUUAGUAUUACACUCAAAUAUAAAAUGCAUGUCUAUUAUCCCCUAAUUAAAGCAUAUUUUGUCAAAUUUUGCUAAAUUUUGUUUUGUAUAAUCAUUUUUAAUGAAUACAAGAAAAAGUAAUGUUUUAUAAAACAAGUAUUCGAAAAUAUCUAAAAUAUUAAACUACAAAAUUUUGCAUUUAUCAAUAGCAUUGAGGGUUUCAACAAAAAUAGCAAAUGUUUCCCAUUUAAUCUAUUUUAAAUAUUUGUAACCAAGCAUUACAGUUUUUCAUAAGACGCCUAAAUUUAUUAAAAAAUCUCUAAAAUUUACAUUAGUUUAACCAUUUUAAGCUUGCACAAUGGACUUUCAUUGAUUAAAAUACUCUCAAGAAAAAAAUAUUUAUUUUAAAUUUGUUUUAUUUUGUUUGUUAGUGCAUUAGUAUAUCUGUUUUAUGGAAUAUUGUGAUAUUAACCAUAAUUGUAGGAUAUCAUCAUAGAUCUCGCCAUAUUGUUAUUCAUAGAUAAAUGUGAAAUAUUUAUUAAAAAUAUAUGUAGUCAAGUAUUUGUGAAAAUAAAUGUAUUGUUUAUUA